AUGGCGUCCGUGGGGCCGACGCUCGAGUCCCUCGUCGACCAAGUGAUCUCCGUCAUCACCAACGACGGCCGCAACAUCGUGGGGACUCUGCGGGGGUUCGACCAGGCCACCAACAUCAUCCUCGACGAGUCCCACGAGAGGGUCUACUCCACUAAGAUAAGUACCUCAUUACCUCCACCUCUACUGCUUAUUUGUUCACAAGGUGUCAUGCUAAUGCUAGAGGGAGUACAGCAGCUUGUCCUCGGACUGUACAUCAUCAGGGGCGACAACAUAGGCGUGGUGGGUGAGGUGGACGAGGAGCUGGACGCGGCGCUGGACAUGUCCAAGCUGAGAGCGCAGCCCCUCAAGCCGGUCAUCCACUGA